CAGAAUUAGCUCUCUCCCUCUGGGUCUGCUCUGCUGCAAUGCUCAGCAGCACCGAGGGAGAGAGAUCCAGGAAUCUGCGACAAAAACGGUGACAGCCUGAAACACCCUCUGGUGCCAGCCUCCAAGUUCUCAUCAGUCACUGCAGUCCCUGACGGGCUGACAGAGCAGCAGGAUUUCAACACCAAUAAACCUGAUGUGCUUCCAGGCAAAGAAGCCAAGCUAAGGAGGAAGGGGGUUGAAAGAGUUUCUUUUGGGCGUCUGUCAGACUUUUACUUCCUGUUGUGUGCAAAGAGGGGUUUCAACAUCAGCUGCAAACCACCAAGACUCUGGAUCCAGCCACCUCUGGGCAGGUCCAGACAACAUGAAGGCUGCACUUUUCUUCCUGUACAUCCUGGGAACUGCAGCUGCAAUCCCGACAAAUGCAAGAUUUCUCUCUGAUCAUUCCAACCCAACUACUGCAACAUUGGUGACACCCGACAAUUCUGAAGCCCCCAGUGCUGGAGUUGAGGUGGCAGCAGACAUAGAAAACCAUGCCAAUGAUGAGGCUGAAAAACCUUCAGCACCGAACUCAGAAGAGGAAACCCAUGUACAGUCAACAGAACAGGACAAAACCUACAGCCAUGAGGUGGACCUGAAGGAUGAGGAGGAUGGCGAUGGUGAUUUGAGCGUGAAUUUGGAAUAUUCACCAACGGAAGGAACGAUGGAUGUACAAGAAGGCACAAGUGAACCUCCACAGAGAAAGCUCCUAGAGAACACCGAUCUCCCUGCUAUUGCUUCUACUUCCUUUGCGGAUUCUAACCAACGUGAGAACACCACGAAGGAGGAGGGAAGCCAAGAGCAACCUGUAGGUGCCUCGAACCAGCAACUGAACAAGAGCAGUAAGCAUAACCAAGACUUAGUGGAUGAAGAAAGCCAGGAACAAGAUCCAGGUGCUCCCAAUGAAGAAGAGGAAGAAGAACCAGGAGAUGAAGAAGAGGAAGAUGAGCCAGGAGAUGCUGAUGCUCCCAAUGAUAACCAAGAAAGGGAAAAAGAACCUCCCAAGGAGCAGCCUAUCAGCAAGCAGGAAGGGGACAGUGACCAAUCUGACGAUACCUUACAAGAGUCCAGUCAACCAACUCCAAUAAGCAAGAUGCAGAAGAAUGGAUUUGAGCAAGGAAACCAAGGGCAAGAAGGCAACUCCAAUGCAGAAGGAGAGGACGACAAGAUGGCAAGCAGCAAGAAGCACAUUCAGCACACAGAGUGGCAGGGCCAAGAAGGAAAAGCUGGCCUUGAGGCUACUGGUGACCAAAAGGACAUGGAUGAAAAGACAGUUUCCACAGAACCUACUGAUGAUGGUGCCAUAGUGACUAGGAAUCAUGGAGCCCAUGAUAAUGGGGGCAGUGAUGACGCUAAGCAUGGUACAAGUGAUGACUCUUUCAUCCCAAGCCAAGAAUCCCUAGAGGCUGGAAAGACACAUUCCCUUUCCUAUUACCUCAAACAUGUUGAGGAAGCCGCAGAUGAGAAUGAAAACAUAGAUAAAAGCGAGGCUGGAGAUGACCAAGGGGCCAAGAAAGUCAAGAGCUUGCCAAAUGUUGGACCUUCAGAUGAGGGCAACUCGAGGGGGCACAGUGCUGAUUCUUGCAUGAACUUCCAGUGUAAAAGGGGACACACUUGCGAAGCCGAUCAGCAGGGGAAACCCCACUGCGUUUGCCAAGAUCCAGAGACCUGUCCCCCUGCAAAGACCCUUGACCAAGUUUGUGGCACUGACAACCAGACCUACGCCAGCUCCUGUCACCUGUUUGCUACCAAGUGCAGGCUGGAAGGAACCAAAAGGGGACACCAACUACAGCUGGAUUAUUUUGGAGCUUGCAAAUCUAUUCCUCCUUGUACGGACUUUGAAGUGACUCAGUUUCCCCUGCGGAUGAGAGACUGGCUCAAAAAUAUCCUGAUGCAGCUUUACGAACCGAAUCCCAAACAUGAUGGCUAUCUAAAUGAAAAGCAGAGAAGCAAAGUCAAGAAAAUUUACCUGGAUGAAAAAAGGCUCUUGGCAGGAGACCAUCCCAUUGAACUCCUCUUGAGGGACUUCAAGAAAAAUUACCACAUGUAUGUGUACCCUGUGCACUGGCAAUUUAAUGAGCUGGACCAACACCCUGCGGACAGAAUCUUGACACAUUCCGAACUUGCUCCUCUGCGAGCUUCCCUGGUACCCAUGGAGCACUGCAUAACCCGCUUCUUUGAGGAGUGCGACCCCAACAAGGAUAAGCAUAUCACCUUGAAGGAAUGGGGUCACUGCUUUGGGAUUAAAGAAGAAGACAUAGAUGAAAACCUCCUGUUUUGAAUUAAGAUUUGAAAGAAUGGAAACUUCCCACUAGCCUCGCCUGCUUUAACUGCUCCUGAGUACAUGCAGCCACGACACUAUAGAUUCGUAGUUAGCAAAACGUUUGUUUGCAUGUAAGAGAAGACAAUGACACUAACUGCUUGAUAGGGAUAGACAUGUACCAGGCUUUAACAUUACCUUAGGAAAUAAAACUUUAAAAUUAAGUAGCAUCAAUAUCUACAAAAUACUGUACUAUCUGGGAACAGUUUAACUCAUAGUACUGUUUCUCUGCAUCUACUUUUAUAAUUGAUAAUUAUAAAACGUGAAAAUUGUGUUCGUAUUGUCCGUAACACCUCAUGCAUGUUAAGAAAGUGAAAGAUUGCUCUUUUGUGGUUACCAUGCCUCAUUUUCAGUAUCCUGAUGUCUAAUAAAGAGCCAGUAAAGCCUCAA